AUGGCGACGAGGGCAUGGGUGGCCGCGGCCGCUGCCUUGAACCCUCAACUCCUGCCUCACCGCUCCUGCUCGCCCGCGCAGUCGGUCUCCCACGCGCAGCGCUCGGCGUCGAUGGGGCUCCGGCUGCGCAGCCGCCGGCCGCGCCCGGGGAAGUUUGUGUGCCGCCGCGCCAAGAACGCGGGGUACGAGGACUACAAGUUCCCGGACCCCAUCCCGGAGUUCGCCGAGCAGGAGACGAGCAAGUUCAGAGAGCACAUGGCGUGGCGGCUGGAGCAGAAGAAAGAGGACUACUUCGGGGACCAUGUCGAGGAGAUCGUUGACAUCUGCACCGAGGCAUGGACAUUCUUGGAGAAUGAUUACUGUGGGCCUGGGACGCUCCUGGUUCACCCAUUCCUGGACAUGAAGGGUGAGAUCAAAGAGAGGGGGCUCCCUGGUGCACCUCAAGCGGCACGGGCAGCAAUAGCAUGGGCUGAAAAGAACAUCGACAAGGAUUGGAAGGCCUGGACUGGAGAAUACUAG